UACACAUAUGGCAGGAUUGGCGAGCACAAGCUCGUCAUCGCGGAGCCGGUCGAGAUCGGCCCGGUCAACGCGGCGCACUGCGCUGCGCACGUGGCCCAGCAUUUCGUCAAUGUCCGCCUCGCCUUGAUGGUGGGGAUCGGCGCGGGGAUACCAGGCGGCAAGAUCGACAUCCGCCUCGGCGACGUUGCGAUUGGCGUGCCCCGCGAAGACCACCCGGGCGUGAUCCAGUACGACCUGGGAAAGUACGAGCAGGGCGACGCCUUCCGACGGAUCGGCGCGUUGAACAAACCGCCUCGGAUCCUGGCGAGCGCGAUCCGCGCCCUCGAAGGCGAUGAGCUGCGCGACAAGUUCCCCAUGAGGAGGAUACUGCGGCACCUUGGCAAGCAGAAGGAAAUGUUCCGGCGGCCGCGGGAUAGUGAGGAUGUCCUGUUCGACGACACAUUCUCCCAUGUGCGCAGGGGCUCCGGCUGCAGUGCCUGCCUGGCUUCUGCCGACAAGAAGAUUGUACAGCGCCCACCCCGCUCGUCGCCAGAUCAGCCCAUCACGCACCGGGGCCUCAUCUUGUCGGGAGGUGGUGUGGUCAAGAACCCCGAAGACCGUGCGCGGCUUCGUCGGGGAUAUGAAAGCGCCAUAUGUUUCGAGAUGGAGGCGGCCGGGAUCGUGGACGAGCUGCCGUGUCUGGUGGUACGCGGCAUCAGCGAUUACGCCGACACGCACAAGCAGGACGGGUGGCGCGGCUAUGCGGCAGGCGCUGCAGCAGCGUACUGCAAGGCCGUCCUUUUGAAGGUACCGGCCGACGAGGUGGAGGACUCUGUACGGAUGAAGGACAUUGUAGAUAACGUCGAAGCCACGCAUGCCAUAGCGAGGCACACUCAGUCUACCACCCAAAAUCUGCGCUCCAGCGAUCAACUUGAGAAGAUCCGACACUGGUUGAACCCGCCAGACCCGUCCACCAAUCUGAACAAAGCGCGAGACCAGCACCAGCAAGGAACAGGCCAAUGGUUUCUCGAGCACGAGUCAUAUACGAGGUGGAAGCAGGAGCGCAACUCCUUCCUCUGGCUGAAUGGCAUUCCGGGCUGCGGCAAAACCAUACUAAGCUCGUCUAUUGUGGCCAAUUUGCAGCAGCACAGUGGCACCGGUCGGAACGUGCUCUACUUCUACUUUGAUUUCAAUGACUCUGCGAAACAGUCAGUGGAGGCAGCAGUCCGUUCACUUCUGUGCCAGCUCUAUAGCAGAGGGUCAGAUCGGCGGGCGGACGUGAACGCUCUUUACUCAUCCUGUGGCCGUGGGUGUGAUCAACCAGACAACAUGUCGCUGCUCGGGGCAUUCCGGAAAACACUAGAGCAGGCUGGCGAGACCUGGCUGGUGCUUGACGCGCUGGAUGAGUGUCCUAAGCGUGAUGACAGCUUUGCAGGUGGGCUUCUUGCCUGGAUCCAAGGUCUUCUCGAUGCCAGCUUGAACACGCAUGUCGUAGUGACGAGUCGGCCCGAGCAGGACAUUCAAGAAGCCGUCGAGAGCUGGGCAAGAUCUAGUGAUAUCAUCUCGCUGCGGACUAAUCUUGUCUCAGACGACAUUGCCUCUUAUAUAAAGGCGCAAACGAGGAGCCUGCCCCGAUGGCAGACUCGGCGCGACAUCCAAGAGCAGAUUGAGGCAGCAUUGGUCGAGAAAGCCAACGGAAUGUUCCGCUGGGUGGCUUGCCAGUUUGACACAUUGAAGAAUUGCCUCAAUCCUCGAUCUGUGCACAGUGCACUGGCAAAUCUUCCCCGAUCUCUCGACGAGACUUAUGCGAGAAUACUGCAAGAUAUCCAACUCCGACCGGAGAACAUGGCAUAUGCGAAACGGCUUCUACAGUUCCUUGUCUACUCGGAUCGUCCUCUUAGGUUGGAGGAGGCUGUUGAUGUGGUCGAGGUGGACCCAUCGCGCCGACCACGAUUCAGCCCCGGCGAUCGGAUGCCGCAUCCUCAGGAAGUAGUCCGAUAUUGCUCCAGUCUCGUAGUUCUGGUGAAGCAGAAAGACGAGACAAGCGGGGCAGAAGUCAUUGAGAUACAACUGGCGCACUUCUCCGUGCAGGAGUACUUCCAAUCAGACCGACUCGACCAGUAUAUUGCUGCAGACUUUGCCGCAGUUGUCGCCAGGGCGGCCAUCGUAGAAGUCUGUCUUUCAUACCUGAUGGAGUUGCCUCGUACCCCUGAUCCAAAAGAGGUUCGGGAAAAGUUUCCUCUGGCCCAAUAUGCAGCGCAGCACUGGGCGACCAAUGCGGCAAUAGUCGAAAGGGCAGACAAGGCAACCUGUCCGGUAGUGGAAGAGUAUUUGUGUGACAAGCUGGCCUUCCCUUUGGGAUGCGGGUUGUUCCGUCCUGACAAAAGCUGGAUUGAUCCAGACGUUUGGCAAGUCUCAGUGUCUGCUCUGUAUUACGCAGCUCACAAAGGGUUUGUUCAUACCGUCCAGAAACUUCUGGGCAAGGGGUUCGAAGUGAACGCUCAAGGCGGAGUUUACGGUAAUGCUCUCCAAGCAGCUUCGUUUGAGGGCCACGAAGACACAGUGCGCCUGCUACUCGACAGUGGAGCACAUGUCAACGCGCUCGGCGGAUAUUAUGGCACUUCUCUUCAAGCGGCUUCCUGUGGGGGGCAUGAAAACAUUGUGCGGCUUCUGCUUCAGCGCGAUGCCGAUAUUAAUGCCGAUGGUGACGGACGGUUUGACAAUGCCCUCCAUGCAGCUUCUUACGAGGGCCAUGACACUAUAGUCCGACUACUACUCGAAAAUGGAGCUCAUGUAAACGGACCAGGCCAGCCAAGUGCCUUUCAGUAUGCGUGCAGCCUAGGACACUAUGCCGUGGUGCGGCUUCUCUUGGACCACGGCGCCGAUAUAAAUGAGCGAAACGGACCGUACGGCAGUGCUCUCAAGGCAGCUUGUUAUUAUGGGCGGGACAAGGUAGUGCAGCUCUUGAUCGACUACGGGGCGGAUGUGAACGUCCGAGAGGAGAACUCUAGCACCAGCCCGCUCUUGGCAGCUUCCAUCAGCGGUCACGCCGCGACAGUGCGGCUGCUUCUGGAUAAUGGCGCCGACGUGGACCGAGUGAGGACCCCGACAGAAAAUGCUGUCUAUGCAGCUGCGUCUGGUGGGCAGCUUGAUAUAAUGUUACUAUUGAUGGAGAACAGCACCCAGGAGCACCGCCAUAAUGCUUUCUGGGCAGCGUCGUUAAACGGCCACGACACGAUUGUGCGAUUACUCCUCGGGAAAGGGGCCGGAGUCAACGUGGUCAGUGCCUGGGGGAGCACUGCUCUUCUCGCAGCUUCCUCGCAGGGACACGAAGUAGUUGUGCGGCUGCUCCUUGACGCAGGCGCCGACGUCGACAUGAUCAGCGAGGAGACCACUGCUCUCCUUGAAGUUUCCUGGGGGUGGGGAUACCCAGCGGUUACACGGUUACUCCUUGAGGCGGGCGCAGAUAUAAGUAUCAGGAAUGGCGGGCGGACCGCUCUCCACCUUGCCACCACACACGGCCAUGUUGCCCUCGUGGAGUUACUGGUC